AUGCGUGUAUUGUUGUCCAAGUUACCACGACCGUGGAUUGUUGAUGAGAAAAAAGAUGAUGGUUACACUGCCUUGCAUCUGGCGGCUCUCAAUAACCAUGUGGAAGUGGCUGAACUUCUGGUACAUCAGGGCAGUGCUAACCUGGAUAUCCAGAAUGUUAACCAGCAGACUGCUCUGCACCUUGCCGUUGAACGACAGCAUACGCAAAUCGUUAGGCUCUUAGUCCGUGCAGGUGCUAAGCUGGAUAUUCAGGAUAAAGAUGGGGAUACUCCCCUGCAUGAAGCCCUGAGACACCACACCCUGUCACAGCUCCGCCAGCUCCAAGACAUGCAAGAUGUGGGCAAGGUAGAUACUGCUUGGGAGCCAUCAAAGAACACAUUGAUAAUGGGACUUGGCACUCAGGGAGCAGAGAAGAAGAGUGCAGCAUCUAUUGCCUGCUUCCUGGCAGCCAACGGAGCUGACCUCAGCAUUCGUAAUAAGAAGGGUCAGUCUCCUCUCGAUCUCUGCCCUGAUCCUAGUCUCUGCAAAGCAUUGGCUAAAUGUCACAAAGAAAAAGUCAGUGGCCAGGUUGGUUCCCGAAGUCCGUCUAUGAUCAACAAUGAUUCUGAAACUUUAGAAGAAUGUAUGGUGUGUUCGGACAUGAAGAGAGAUACUCUGUUUGGCCCAUGUGGACACAUUGCCACGUGUUCUCUGUGCUCACCACGGGUGAAAAAAUGCCUCAUCUGUAAAGAACAAGUCCAGUCUAGGACAAAGAUUGAGGAAUGUGUGGUAUGUUCAGACAAAAAGGCAGCAGUGCUUUUCCAGCCUUGUGGUCAUAUGUGUGCCUGUGAGAAUUGUGCAAGCUUGAUGAAGAAAUGUGUACAGUGUCGGGCAGUGGUUGAGCGAAGAGUGCCUUUCAUAAUGUGCUGCGGAGGGAAAGGUACAGAAGAUACCACUGAUGAUAUUUCAAGCGGAAACAUUCCAGUUUUGCAGAAAGACAAAGACAACACCAAUGUCAACGCAGAUGUACAGAAGCUGCAGCAACAGUUACAAGACAUCAAAGAACAGACUAUGUGUCCUGUCUGUUUGGACCGCCUGAAGAAUAUGAUCUUUCUCUGUGGCCAUGGAACAUGUCAACUUUGUGGAGAUCGAAUGAGUGAAUGCCCUAUAUGCCGCAAGGCAAUUGAACGAAGGAUCCUUUUGUAUUAAGUAGUGGAACCAGUGUCUUUUAUUAGCUUAUGAAAUAGUAAGGACAUUUUGAUGAUUUAAAUCUCCGUAUGUUUGAAAGGCAGCAAAGGGUUUUGAUGAAAACAUUUCUAGUACUGUAGCGCAGGUUCAUUACAUGGUAAUUGUUUAAAGACUGUGAAUACACCAAAUAAAAAA